GCGGCCGUAACGGCGGCGGGCGGGUCUCGAGGCUGCGCCUCGGAACACGGACUGAGAGGAGAUGGUCAAGCACAGGAGAAAGAAGCGCGCCGAGGCGCGACCGGAGUCGCCCCGGAUCUCCCGCGCCAGGGGUGGGGAGUCCGAGCUAGAGGAGGAGCUUUGCAUGGAUGAGGUUCCUGGGAGCCUGACCAGCCUCGCGCAGCUCCUGCCUUGGGUCCUGGAUCGGCUCUGCGAGAAGGCGGGCGCCCUGAAGACACCCGGGACCCGCCAUGGCGCUACUCUGGGCCUCGCUGCCUUUGUGGGAAUUUUGCAUUGGUUACAUUUAACAACACUUUUUGAGAAUGACCGUCGUUUUUCUCACCUCUCCACUUUGGAACGGGAGAUGUCAUUUCGCAAUGAAAUGGGACUUUAUUAUUCUUAUUUCAAGACUAUUAUUGAAGCACCUUCGUUUUUGGAAGGCCUGUGGAUGAUUAUGAAUGACAGGCUCACUGAAUAUCCCCUGGUAAUUAAUACAGUGAAACGGUUCCAUCUUUAUCCAGAGGUAGUCCUAGCUUACUGGUAUCGCACAUUUACAGGAAUGAUGAAUUUAUUUGGUAUACAAACUAAGGUCUGCUGGAAUGUCACCAGAGUGGGAUUUCCUAAUGAAGUUGAGAGCUGUGAAGGAUUGGGAGACCCUGCUUACUUUUAUGUGGAUGUAAUUUUUAUCUUAAAUGGAAUAAUGGUGGGAUUGCUCUUCAUCUAUGCUGCAUAUCUGAGUGAGACUCAAUUAGGAGGUCUAAUUACAGUACUGUGCUACUUUUUCAACCAUGGAGAGGCCACUCGUGUGAUGUGGACGCCACCUCUCCGUGAAAGCUUUGCAUAUCCAUUCCUGGUUCUUCAGAUGUAUAUUGUUACGAGGAUUCUCAGGACCUCCAACAAUUACAGAAGACAUUACAUUGCCCUCUGUCUUGCCAAUGUUGCUUUUAUGCUUCCCUGGCAGUUUUCUCAGUUUAUACUUUUCACACAGGUGGCCUCAUUAUUUCCCAUGUUUGUUGUGGGGUACAUUGAGCCAAACAAGUUUCAGAAGAUCAUUUAUAUAAACAUGGUUUCAGUUAUCCUCUGUUGUAUUUUGAUGUUUGGAAAUCCAAUGUACUUAUCUUCAUAUUAUUCUUCAUCUUUGUUAAUGACAUGGGUGAUAAUUCUAAAGAGAUAUAAAAUUCAUAGAUUGGGAAUAUCUGAACUCAACUUCUGGCUAAUUCAAGGUUGUGCUUGGUGGCUUGGAACAAUCAUUUUGAAACUUCUGACAUCUAAAAUGUUAGGUGUUUCAGACCAUAUUCGCCUGAGUGACAUUAUAGCAGCCAGAAUCUUACGGUAUGCAGAUUUUGAUACCUUAAUGUAUACCUGUGCUCCUGAAUCUUACUUCAUGGAACAAGUGACUCCACUGAGAUACACAAAGACGUUACUGCUUCCAGUUGUUAUAGUGAUUAUUUAUAUUAUCUCUAAAAAGACUGUUCGUGAAGUAUUUUGUGCCUUAUCUACAAACACUUUUCUAAGAAAACAGCUCCUUGAACAUGGUGAGGUAAAGCUCUGCUCAUUUCACUCUGUGCUGGUUUUUCACACACUGCAGUUGUUCGCAUUUGCAGCCCUUGCCGUUUUGAUUUUGAGGCUGAAGCUGUUUCUGACACCACACAUGUGUGUAAUGGCUUCCUUGAUCUGCUCUCGACGGCUCUUUGGCUGGCUGUUUUACAGAGUUCGUUUUGAGAACGUUAUCUUUGGCAUUGUAACAGUGAUGUCAAUACAAGGUUGUGUAAAUCUCCAAAAUCAAUGGCAAAUAAGAGGAGAAUUUAUUAAUUUGCCUCAGGAAGAACUUCUACAAUGGAUCAGAUACAAUACCAGACCAGAUGCUGUUUUCGCAGGUGCCAUGCCGAUCAUGGCGAGCAUCAAGCUGUCCACACUGCACCCCAUUGUGAACCACCCGCACUACGAGGACGCAGACCUGAGGGCCCGAACAAAAAUAGUUUAUUCUGUGUAUAGUCGAAAAUCUGCAAAAGAAGUGAGAGAUAAACUGCUGGGAUUACAUGUGAACUAUUACGUUUUAGAAGAAGCGUGGUGUUUUGUGAGAACCAAGCCGGGUUGCAGUAUGCUGGAAAUCUGGGACUUGGAAGAUCCUUCCAACUCAGCCAACCCCUCCCUCUGCAGCAGCCUGCUCCGGGACGAAAGGCCGUACUUCACCACUGUGUUUCAGAAUGCCGUGUACAGAGUGUUGAAGGUUAACCGGGAUGCAACCUACGUCAGGUUCUUCUGAUGCAAAGGAAAGCACCAAGGACACACACUUAGCAUUCAUUAAAAUCACAGGCUUUAACAGGAGAUGCUUAAAAUAAUAAAACACUCAGUAUGACUUAAAGUUUUUCUGAUUAUAACAGACAAAUUCAUUGUUCUCCACUGAAUGUCAGCCUUAGUAAGCUAGUCACAUGGGUUAUUUUACUAGUACUCAGGCAAGAUCUUUUAUAAUUUCCAAUGAGUUUUUAAAAACCAUUUUGAGUUAAACUAUUUUUAAAACAGCUUGUUUUAUAAUGUUUUGAAUCUCUAGAAAUUACUUACCCAACCAGUUUUUUCUCCUGAUUAGUUCUCAGCCUAAGUUCAACAAGUAUUAACCUUUAGGAUCCAGUGGUUUUUCUCUUAAUACACAAAUAUAAUGAAAGUUGUUAUGGUACGCAACCAAAUAUGAUGGUCAAAUAUAAUCAGAAAGAAACUUCCAGUUAGAUUUAUCAAAUGAGAUUAUCAGAUGCUAAAUUUUGAAUAAAGCAAAGGUCUCUCCCUCUUAAUGGUCUGUUGGCCUUAGCGACCUUUGGGCAUAGCCUUCGUCUCCAGCCACCACCUUUUGUAAUACACGUCUAUCUAUAAGUCUUUAUUUAUGUUCCAUUUUAGAUGAGGUCAUGAUUUAUAAACACUUUUGCCUAAUAAAACUUACCCAACAAUAAUGCUUUAAAAUAUGGUAAAUAGUUGUCAUGAAGAUGUAGUAGCCAAACACAAGGAGUAGAACUUGCUCUUUUUCUCUACCUGGUAAAUACUAAAUAUGCUGAAUGUGUAAUAUGUUAAUGUGCAUCUCAUCUGAGUUAAUCAUUUUCACUUUUUUAUACUUAUACUUCCCUUGUAUCCUUGACCCUCUGUACUUGGGAUAACAGAAUGCAGACAAGCAGUCAUAUGCAAAAAAAAACAAUAAAAUUACUUUUUCAACCUU